CCUGCAACAUAUGUGAAAUGCAUGCAUCCAUUAAUAUUUAUUUUUGUAAAUGUACCAUUAGUGGUAAGACUGCAUUGAUAUAUGGAGCUCAUAUAUAUAUAUAUAUAUAUAUAUAUAUAUAUAUAUAUAUAUAUGUGUGUGUGUGUGUGUGUGUGUGUGUGUGUGUGUGUGUGUGUUGCUAUUUAUUGUCUUUAUUUUAAAACCUCACAUAUAUUGCAUAUCGUGCAUGCAUAUAGUGUUGCAUGUAUUAUGUGCAUUGACAUACAGCUGUUAUAUAUAUUUACAUUCAGACACAUAGAGUCAUGCAUGAUGUCAUUAAUCUUUGUUAUGGAAUAGUUGCAAUGCUCGCAUAACCUUGUAUAUAAUGAAUAUCAUACAUGCAUGUUGUGUUGUCUCUUGUGGAUUGAUUUACAGUUACAUGCAUUGUAUAUGACGCAGAUAUAAUGUGAAUAAUGUGAUUUUAUUAUGCAUGCAUGUGCGUAAAAUACGUGCCAGGCGUGGGUUUCACAUCUUUGACGUGAUAAACGUGGUGUUACCUUGAUUAUUGGUUUUAAAAGUGAUAAUGUCAUUUAGCAAUUCACAUUGCCUCCCAAACCAUCAUAUCACAGCACACCGAUUGACUGACUGAGAUAUCAAUGAUCUAUAGUUGGCAGGAAAAGACGAGCAUCACCUGAACCAAAAUACUGCACUGGAGAGUCGGUUCAUUUCGGGGAUUCGUAAUGGAGAAGACCGAGAAGAGGUCUGGAUAUUUUGCCAGGCUCAAAAAGAGACGGCAGCUGAAACCGAGCCAGUCGGAGAAAGCUGCGGCUAAUCUGAACCAAUCCGAUCCAGAGACAAAUACGCCAGUCGUCCGUGAGCCCGCUCCUAUUGGACAAUUUCAGGAGAAGGAUCCAGAAGGGGAAGAGCCUGGAAAAACCAAGAAAGGCCACAAUGGCCGAUCAGAUGACCACAGUAAAACACACAGUCAGACCAAGAAAGAGAGAUGUAAACCUCCAGGAACCGUGGCGUAUACUGUUGGACUAAAAGAUACUUUGAACAGUAUUGCUCUGAAAUUCAACAUUACUCCCAAUACACUCGUGCAUCUGAAUCGUCUCUUCUCACAAAGUGUGGUACCUGGACAGAAACUGUUUGUCCCUGAUGUGGACCAAUCAGAAUGCAGUUCUCAGGUCAAUUGCUCUUCUGAACAGAUCAUGACAGAGUCAUCAGAGAAAGAGUUGAAGGAUGGUGAAUCGAGCUGCAGAUCUGGACGUCCCUUGUGUAGGGAACUAUCCCCGCUGUCUGAAGACGAGAGUCCAGCAGCGGUUAAAUUCAUCAAGAUGAGCUGCAAAUACUUCACUGACGGCAUGGGCGUCGUUGGAGGGGUGAUGAUUGUAACACCCAAUAACAUCAUGUUUGACCCGCACAAGUCUGAUCCUCUGGUGAUUGAGAACGGUUGUGAGGAGUACGGCCUCAUCUGUCCGAUGGAGGAGGUGCUGUCUGUGGCGCUGUAUGACGACGUGUCCCGUAUGAAGCUUAAAGACGCGCUGCCAUCUGAUGAACCCCGGGAUCUCUGUCCGUUAUACAGGCCAGGUGAGUGGGAGGAGCUUCCCUCCGAACGUGAUUUGAACCCUUUUAGCCGUUACGAGGCGCUCGGACACCCAAACAAACCAAUCAUUUUAGACGAUAUCGAAACUGCUGUCUCUGAGAUCUUGGAGUGUCACAUCGCAGACAAAUCGCCGUCGGAUGAAGGUUUUACCGAACUGGAACUGCUACAGAGCGACUCGAACACUAUGUGGCACAGCCAGGAGGGGGCAUCACUGUACGACGACUCUGAACAGAGAAAAACGCACACGUGCACGCCGUCAGACCUAAUUGACGAAACUAUGAUGUCUUCUAACACGGAGAGAGAGGAUGAAGUCGAAGAUGAAGGACUUCGUUCCACGGAAGAUGACGCUGAGAUGCUACAAUCCGUUCCGGAUCGGUUAGUUGCUUUAGAAGCAGAAGAUGUGACCAAAACAAGGGCUGAAAUGUUAGUAAACGGUGUCUCGCCGAAAGAGGCGACCACAAAGGACCAAAAAAGGAAGUUGAGCUACAGUGGAGUUGCAAAGGACUCUGGGAAAUGUAGUUCUCCUGAACCAAAUGUUGACAUAGAGGGACAAAAGGAAAGUAAGGGACCGAAUUCAGCUGUCGAGCUUUCUGAAGUGGAGAAACGCAGACGGGCCAGUGAAGACGAGAUGAAGUCAUGGCUGCUGAAAAGGAUGCAGGUACCAAUCGAAGACUUGCUGCUGUCCGCUGAAGAGAAGAGCAAAGCUCCGCCCAUGUUCCUGUGCUUCAAAGUGGGCAAGCCAAUGAGGAAGUCCUUCGCCAUUGGUCAGACUUCUAGCCCCGCCCACUCACAUGUCAGAAGGGGGCGGCAGCCAGAGUACUGGUUUGCUGUGCCACAAGAAAGGGUGAAUCACCUGUACUCGUUCUUCAUCCAGUGGUCUCCAGACGCGUACGGUAAAGACGCUCAUGAGCAGGGCUUCGUGGUGGUGGAGAAAGACGAGCUCACCAUGAUUGAUAACUUCUUCAGUGAUCCGGUUCCUCGCAGCUGGGAGAUUAUCACGAUUAAUGAAGCAAAGAGACGUCAGAGCUUCAGCUUUGAGGAUGAAGAACUUCUCGAUCUUCUGCCUGUGUUGAUGGACCCCAGCACACUCCUGGACGACAUGCAUGUUGAGAAGUUGGCGACUCGUUUGCCGGCGCGUGUUCAGGGGUAUCCAUGGCGACUGGCAUACAGUACAGUGGUACAUGGAACCAGUUUGAAAACCCUGUACAGAAACCUGUUGGAGCUGGACUCCCCGGUGCUGCUGGUCAUUAAAGACAUGGACAACCAGGUUUUCGGAGCGUUUUCCACUCAUCCGUUUAGAGUGAGUGAACACUGUUACGGGACAGGAGAGACUUUCCUCUACACGUUCUGUCCUGAGAUCAAGGUGUACCGCUGGACCGGUGAGAACUCUUACUUUGUGAAAGGAAACAUAGACUCUCUUCAGAUUGGAGGAGGCGGAGGUUAUCUAGGUCUAUGGCUGGACGCCGACCUUUACCACGGUACCACAUCCAAAUGCUCCACCUUCAAUAACCUGCCGCUGUCCUCCAAACAAGACUUUAUCGUCCAGAAUCUGGAGGUGUGGGCGUUCCAAUGAGCGCAUGCAUAGACACAAUUAUAUACCCACAUGCACUGUGAAACACGCCACACCCAGCACGGCACGGCAAACCGUUCGCUCUACCUGACGCCCAUAUGCCGGGUGUAGCUUUUUCCUGUAUUGUAUGAGGUGUCCGACCCAGUGUGGUUUUCUGUGGCUUAAAAUGGGGACAUGCUUGAUGAUGCUAUACUUGGCAAAUCCUGACCUGAGUUGUCUAGGUUUCUGGUCUGAGAUUUGUUUAAACAUUAAGAAUGUCAAGAGGGAAGUUUGUGGCUGCCUUAACGUUCAAUUGAAACUGCUAUCCCAGCAUGCAAUACUCUUUACAGAUGUUCUCCUGCUGAAAUAAUCAAUAUAUAAACACAUAUGUAAAUGCGAAUGAAAUAUUUUGGACUGUUUAUGAGAUCUGGGAAGUGUUCAAAGCUGAAGAACUUCAUUUUAUCCCAUUUACACAACAAAAACCUAAUUUGCACCAUUUGUUGGCCAAAUCAACGAACUUGGAGAUUUUACGUAUUUAGUUGGUGACUUUUAGUAUUUAAAUUUAAGAGAGCGCAAAGAACAAUGUAAAUUAUAUCGAAAUGUUCAUAGCUGGAAAACUCGUUAUUUGUAUCAUCUAUGACAAAAAAAUGACAAUUUUUGCCAUUUGGUAUUGCGUCUGGACCAGUCGCUCAGAAGUAUUUUUUUGUUUACAGCAAUGUAUUUUCAUGUUUGUUUGAAAAGAGCGCAAGGAAUGAUGUUAAUGUCCAUAUAUGAAUAUUUUGUGUCUUCUAAGACAACAAAACCCCAAUUUCUGCCAUUUAGUGGCCAAAUCCAUUGCAUCAGGGCCAGUUGUUUGAAUAGAAGUAUUUUUUUGUUUACAGUGUGGGGAUUUGACCUGUUUGGUUGGCAUAUUUUCAUGUUUGUUUGAAAAGAGUGCAAGGAAUGAUCCAAAUGACACCAACGAAAUCUUACGAGAUGUUCAUAGAAGAUACAAGCCGCAAUUUGUCAACCAAGCGACUAUUUUUCACCAUUCAGUGGCCAAAUCCAUUACGUCAGGGCCAGUUGUUCAAGUAGAAAUAUUUUUUUGUUUACAGUGUGGGGAUUUGACCUCUUUAGUUGGCGUAUUUUCAUGUUUGUUUGAAAAGAACACAAGGAAUGGUCCAAAUGACACUGACGAAAUGUUAUGAGAUGUUCAUAGAAGAUACAAGCCACAAGUUGUCAUUUAAGCAACAAUCUUUCGCCAUUCGGUAGCCAAAUCCAUUGCAUCAGGGCCAGUCGCUUGAUUAGAAAGAAGAUUCUCCAGUUCUCCAGAUCUCCAAAGACCAAAUUUAUUGACAUUCUUGACAGAUUCAUUACAUCAGGGCCAGUGGCUCAAAUAGAAAUAAUUUUGAUUAACAGUGUGGUGGCUUGUGGUGAUUUAGUUGUAGGUGUCUUGUUCAUUUGAAGAGAGAGAGUGCAAGAAAUAACGUAAAUGAUACCUACGAAAUGUUCUUAGCUGGACAACUCAUGGCUUGUGUCUUAUAAGAUGACUGUAACUGUUAAAGGUCAGACAAGGAGGCGGCGGGAACCAGCUGAACAAUCAACAUAUCAACAUCAACUUUUAAUGAUAUAAAUGAACUUAAAACAACAUAAAACAUAAGGACACACAUGCUACGCGGCCGCGUGCGUCUCUCGAAUCAGUGUCUCCAGCUGCCCCUUAUCUCUAUCUCCCACUGAUCAGCUGAUUCAGCACCGGCCAUGCUUCAUCAAGGCCCGGCCACGCCCUCCUCCUCGUCACACUGCCCCCCCCCCCUGUGAACCUGGGGGGGAGGCGUGGGGAGAGGGAAAGGGCAAGCGGAGACAGAGAGAGAGGAGAGAAAGAAGAACUUGCUUGCCGGCUCCCGGAUGCACUGUCGCCUGGUCCUCAACCUCUCCUCCGCCCUCUGGCAGAUGCCAGCUCGCUCCUCUCCCGGUGGAUGGCAGCGACCUCUCCAUCCCCAGGCAGACGGCCGCGGCUGCUCCCCUGGCGGAUGGCAGCGGAGAGGACUCCGCAACAGCGCAUCCCUCCUCCUUCCCGGGUUUCGGCACCAUUGUAACAGUUAAAGGUCGGGCAAGGAGGAGGCGGGAACCGGCUGAACAAUCAACAUAAACUUUUAAUGAUAUAAAUGAACUUAAAACAGCAUAAAACGUAAGGACGCAGACACACAUGCAAUGCGGCCUCGUGCGUCUCUCUCGAACCAGCGUCUCCAGCUGCCCCUUAUCUCGCUCUCCCGCUGAUCAUAGCGUGCUCCAUCACGGCCAUGCCCUCCUCCUCGUUACAAUGACAAAACGCCAAUUUUGGUGUUCAGGUUCAUUCACUUGAAUAGAAAGUAUUUUUGUUUGACAAUGUGCCGGUUUAACGUGUUUAGUUGGCAUAGUUAUCGUGUUCGUUUGAUGAAAGUGCAAGGAAUGAAAUUCUGCCAUUUGGUGGCCAAAUCCAUUGCAUCGGGACCAGUCGAUCGAUUUGAUGUUUAGUUGGCGUAUGUGUUCAUGUUUGUUUGAAGUGAGCACAAGUAAACUAUGUAAAUGACGUACUCGUGAAAUAUAAAGGGAAACCGCAAAUCGAAUUUGUUGACCAAAGCAUUUUAUUUGCAUUGUUCUCAAGUUGAAGUUUUAUAUUUAGUUUUUUUUAUUUUCCUAUUUGAAAUUGACUUAUUUUAUAUAUUGAAUGUGAAAUGUAUCAUAUUCCUACAUGAUGAUUGUUUUACUGUUUUGUGAUAUUUUAGGGACCUUGUCUAGUCUGAAGUUCUUCUAAAGGGACGGUGAGCACUUGAUGAUGCCAGUAUUACUCGUGAACACUAUGUUGAAUGCACGGCUGAUAUCAUUCGUGAUAUUUCACUAUCAUGUCACUCUCAUUUCACUAUCAUGCAGAUCAGGUUCAACAUCUUCACUGUUUUGUGCAAAAUCGAGCUCCUUAAAUAAUGGUGUACAAUUACCGACUGACCGAUGUUUGUUGAAGUCUGUUUUAUCACUACAGUUGGAAUGGUCUUUUCAGAUCUGGGGUGUUGAUCUUUGGUAGUGUCGAGUAAUUUCACUGCAACACUGCAGCUAUGGGCAUGAAUUAGCUGCUGACUCCACUCUAAAACCGUAUACAUAGUCCAUGUCAUAGAAUAAGCUCCAAAGGUAGUGACGUCUACAAAUAUUUCACUCUAAAUGUCUCAAAAGUUCAAGUCUCUGAUUACAAACCCCUCACACUGUCCAGUUAUGCGUGUUAGCCAAUGAAUGUGUAUUUAUUGUGUAUUUUCUGUGUUUUAAAGUGAAAAAAUUGCAAUAAAUGAAUAAGACUCAA